AUGAGGCGGGCUAUUUUGCUCUUUGUACUGUUAAUGUGCAUCGCUGUCGGGUUGUCUGAUGAUUCAGAAACAGAAAUUCUUCUGGAUUUCAAAAAAACAUUAUCAAAUGCCGGUGCACUAGAAAAUUGGAAUAAAGAUGUUUCACCGUGUAAUGGUAACAACGCGAACUGGAAUGGCUUGCUUUGCAAAGCAAACGUCUUAAAUGGGUUGCAACUUGAAUCCAUGGGGCUUUCAGGCACCAUAAAUUUUGAUUCCCUGUCAAAGUUGCCAACUCUGCGUUCUGUGAGCUUCAUGAACAACAACUUUGACGGACCAAUUCCUAGUAACAUCAACAAAAUCCGCGCUCUUCGAACACUCUACCUGGCAAAUAACAACUUUUCUGGAGAGAUUCCUGGUGAUGCUUUUAAGGGUAUGAAUCAGAUGAGAAGAGUCUAUCUGGGAAACAAUGGUCUCACUGGCAAAAUUCCAAAUUCCCUUGCCACUCUGUCUAAGCUUGUAGAUCUGCAGCUGCAAAACAACAAGUUUGAGGGUGAAAUACCUAAUUUUAAGCAAAAAGAUUUGAUAGCGAAUUUUGCCAACAACAAACUUGAAGGUCCUAUUCCAUCUGUCUUAAGCGAUGAGACUGCGAGCUUUUUUGCUGGAAACAAUUUAUGUGGUAAGCCUUUGAACAAUUGUCCGGCAUCCAAGAAGAAAUCCAUCCCGAAAGUCCCCAUCAUUGUUGCGUCUGUUGGGGCCCUAGCUCUAGCUGUUAUUGUCAUUACUUUAUUAUUGUUUCACAGGCGAAACAGACGCAAAACGUCAAAAGUCGAAAGACUAGGGUCAACAAAAUCUCAGAAGAAAGAGACCAAGUAUAACUAUGAUAACAGAAAGGAAAUUGGAUUGCCUAAACAGACAGCUGAUAACUACAAGAAAACUGAACAGACUGGAAAACUACAUUUUGUGCGGAAUGGCACAGAGAGGUUCGAGUUGCAAGACCUCCUCAGAGCAUCUGCUGAAGUUUUGGGCAGCGGAAGCUUUGGAUCAUCAUACAAGGCUAUCCUUUUAAGUGGACCAGCCAUGGUUGUAAAGAGAUAUAAGCAGAUGAGUAAUGUGGGAAAAGAAGAUUUCUAUGAGCAUAUGCGGAAGUUAGGAAGUCUAUCGCACCCUAAUCUACUGCCGUUUGUGGCGUUUUACUACAAAAAGGAAGAAAAGCUUUUGAUCACCGACUUUGCUGAAAAUGGUAGCUUGGCUAGUCAUCUCCAUGGUAAUCUCAAACCUAAUCAACCAGGACUUGAUUGGCCAACACGCCUAAGAAUCAUUAAAGGAGUGGGCAAAGGAUUAAAUUAUCUAUACAAAGCUUUUCCCAGCCUAGCUCUACCCCAUGGUCACUUAAAGUCGUCCAAUGUGCUACUAGAUGAAACAUUUGUACCUCUGUUAUCGGAUUAUGCUUUAGUUCCUGUAAUCAAUAAAGAACAUGCCUAUCAGUUUAUGGUAGCCUACAAGUCCCCCGAGUUGGCACAAAAUAACCGCCUCACCAGAAAGACGGAUGUUUGGUGUCUGGGAAUUCUAAUACUUGAGAUGCUGACAGGAAAGUUCCCUGCAAAUUACUUAAAGCAGGGAAAGGGGGGAAAUGCAGAUUUAGCGAGCUGGGUAAAUUCUGUUGUUCGAGAAGAGUGGACAGGAGAGGUGUUUGAUAAAGAUAUGAAAGGGACUGCGAAUGGACAGGGUGAAAUGCUAAAACUACUGAAGAUUGGAAUGUGUUGCUGCGAAUGGAAUGUGGAGAAAAGGUGGGAUUUGAAGGAAGCUCUUGAGAAGAUUAAUGAGCUUAAGGAGAGAAACAGUGAGGAAGAUCACUCUUCUUAUGCAAGUGAUGACAUUUACUCUUCACGAGGAUUGACCGAUGAUGAAUUCACUUUUUCAGUCAAUGGAUGAGUUUUUUCUUUGCCAAGUUCUCAGCUCCUGCUGCAUUUCCCUGUUCUUAUCUAGUUAACGCUCCUUUCAUCUUUCUUCUUCGCCAAUUGAAUGGAGGGAGUACUGAGGAGUGCGUUAAAUGGCUAAAAGGUGUCAAUUUACAAAAG